GCCCUGUGUGGCAACACCUCCGCCUCCAGCGCCGGAAAGGCCGGGACACUCAGCAAAAGCCGGCCGAGAAGGAAGAGCGCCAAGCAGAGGAGAGGGCCAAGAAAGCAGCUCUUCAGGAAGAGCGCGCUGCGAAGGGAGCUGGAAGCCGCGGACCCGUCUCUGUCGCAGCCAAUCGGGAAGCACGCAGGCAGCAGCUUCAAGCGGAGCGAGCGGAGGAGGGCAUGGGGAGCCGCGGUUUCAAGCCAAAAGAGGAUAAUCGGGAAAAGCGCAGGCAGCAGCUUCAAGCGGAGCGAGCGGAGGAGGGCAUGGGGCAGCAGCUUCAAGCAGAGCGAGCGGAGGAGGGCAUGGGCAGUCGCGGUCCCAAGCCAAUCGCCACCGAAGUCCAGCAACAAGGCUACCCGUUCCCGGACGAAGAUGUGCUCACAUCGGAGAAGGCACAGGCCAACUACCUGGCGUUCACACGGAGCUGGGGCCGAUUUGGCCUGUCGAGGGUGUGCGAUGCGUGCCGAACCUUCACAACCGGGAAAUAUUACAGGCCAGCAAAGCAGACAGGCAAGAUGCUCUGCAAGAACUGCCGCGAGAAAACCACCAAGAUCGUCUUGCCGCCUCCGCCACCGAUCCCCGAAGCACUCCAGCGGCUGCGGCCCAUUGAGCAGCACCUUCUGGCCAUGGCCCGGAUUUCCCAAGUCCUGCUAGACAAGCUUCCCGCAGGCGGGCCCAGCGCGCAGUGGGGCCGCAUGUACGCAGUGCUGAUGGAUGACCCAUGCAUCUGCAACGUUCUGGAGGGAGCCACGAUCGAGGACGAUGGCACGGUCUCGAUGGAGGGUAUCCAGGGCACGACCGCUUCGCCAGCACGCUUAGACUGUUUGUUUGAAGCUCUGCAGGAGCUGAAGGCCCAGCACCGCCUGUAUCGGACAAAUUCGGCAGUGGACACGGCCUUGGCGACAAUGGCCGCCAUCCUGGCAAAAAGCGCAGCGGCGCGCGCAGACCACCAAGACCAAGCCUGCCAAGGGCGCCAAACGGGGGAGUCCGGUGGCUCACACUCCCUGGCCUUGGCAGGAGAGGCCCUGCCUUCCGAACAUGAAGAAGAAAAGGAAGCAGAAUUGGAGAUGACGUACAUGAUCCCGAAAGAAUUGAAGGCUCCCAAAGCCGAAGUGCAAGACCUGCAAAGGACCCGGCGCAUCGCGGAGCUCAGCAACGACAUGGACGUCAAGUUCUUCCCGCACCUAUUUCCCACCGGCGAGGGCGGAUGGAAGGAAGAGUACGGCAGCUUCUCCCAAUACGCUCGCAAGCGUCUGCUGGGCGCCGAUCCGCGCUUCGAGGCGUCCCCCGGCUACAUCAUGUGGCUGCUGGAGAUGCACCUGAAGAAGCGCCUUUCGGGCAACGUGAACGUCAGGAUCGGCGGCCAGCAGGUCUCCAGCAGGAGGACGAAGGACCGGGACGGAAAAGGGCAGGUGUUCGCGGCCCUCCGGGACAUCCCUGGAACCAGCUCGUACGUCUACGCAAAGAGAGGCGUCGCCAUCAAUAUGUACGAGCAGCUUGGCACGCCCAACUUCUUCAUGACACUCUCCUGCAACGCCCAGCAGCCCGACAUUCUCAUCGCCGUCAUCAUGGCACGGCUGUUGCGGCUCCGGCCGGAAAGUCAGCCCGAAGAGGUCGAGCACCAAGCCGCGCAGAUCCUGCACAGCUACCAGUCCGACAAAAGGUUCACCUGGGACGGUCUGUCGCCGAACCAGCUCUGCAAUCAGCACCCGGCAGUUGUGGCGCGACAGUUCAUGCACCAGGUGACCCAGCUGAUGUAUUGGCUCUCUGCCGAGCGCGAAGCCAAGAGCCGCCUCGACGAAGACGUGGAUGCGGAGGACGCGCCUGCCAGAGAAACGCCUGGAGAGGAGGGCGACUUUGUUCAGGCACCAGCUACGGAUGCGGCAGGCAGACACCGACGAGUCUUCAAGGAGCGGCCACCCUUCAGGGUGCUCGACUACAUCAUCCGCAUUGAGUGGCAAAAGAGGGGCUACCCGCAUGCUCACAUCCUGCUCUGGACGGUGGAGAUUGAUACCGGCAAUGACCACAAGAAGGAGGAGCAAGCGCCCAAAGCGGAAGCCAAGCCCGACUGGUCAGACGAAGAGGCCAUGGAAACCUUCGUGCCAACCUGCGCUGAGGAUUUGAGUGACAAGCACAUCUGCACCAAAUCGCCGUUUACGUGGAGGCAAUCGACGAAAGUCCAGGACAGGGAUCGAGAAGUAAACGCAAAGCUUGCCGAGCUGGUGAUACACAACCACACCGAGUAUUGCGGCAUCAAGACACGCGGCGCUUGCCGCUUCGGCUUCCCCCACCUACCCGAGAAGAAGACCAGACGCCGCACCUCCCAGGAGAAGUACGCCAACAGUCAAUGGAAAAGCAGCUUGUCGGUGAGGCGCGCCCCAUCGGACACCAUGAUGGGACAGUACAACGUGAAGAUCCUUCGACGCUGGCGGGCCAGCAUGGACCUCCAGGUCAUCUGUGAGCUCACGAGCGCCAGCCGGUACAUCCUCGGCUACGCCAUGAAGUCGGAGCAGGACCGGGAGGCGCAGCGGCGCGUGGAGACCAUCACGGCCAACCUCGCCAGUAGCAGCAACAACGACGCCGGCCUCAGCAACCAACAGGUGUACAAGGCGGCGCACGCGGCGCUGCAGGGCAGAACCACCUCAACCUUCGAAGCCUGCCAUCUACUUCUGGGUUUUCCCAUCGUCGAGUUUUCGAGGGACAACGAGUGGAUCCAGGUGGGCCCGCCCGAAACGUGGACCUUGUCGGUGCCCAGGAACGAGGAAAGCGCAGCCUUGCGCCGGCCAGAAAAAUACCGCCGCGACAAGCUGGACCGGAACGAGUACAUGCCUGUGGCUCAGAGGCGGUACAGCGAGAUGCAGUUAGCCUUCGGGGAGCAGGAGGUGGAGUUUCCAGUGGAAGGUGGCAAAACGGCAUGGUGCAGGUUCGCGGACAUGACCUUCCUGGACUUCUGCGCGGGAUUCAAAUUCGUCGGCGUGGAGUGCCCGGUGCCCCGAAAGCGACCGGCUAUCGUCGCCUACCAGAAUUUCAGUCCUGACCAGNNCUACUUCUCCAAACUUCUGCUGCACGUGGUUUGGGCAAAGCCUGGAGACUGGUUAUGUGACGAGGACAGCGGCAGCCAUGCAGCAGCCUUCCAGCGCAUCGCUCGGGAUCUGGAUGGCCACCCCAACUUCCUCCGGUCCAAAUGCUUUCCUCAGAUGGACGGGACCGUCAAUGCCGCCCGAAAGUUGCAGGCUGUGCAGGCGGCCAUGUACAUGCAGGCCAAGAUGCAUCCGGCUCACGUGCGGGACGGGUGGGCCAAUAGCAAGGUAGCCCAGGACAACUACGAGGACUCCCUCAAAAUCAUGGAAGCCUUGAAGGAGCGUCACGGGGACGAAAUCGACUUUCUGGCACCAGACCACGUGCCGACAGGCGCUGCCGGCGACGCCUUUGCACCGGUGGACGGCGGCGAGGAGGCCUUCGAGAUGCUGACGAUCGAAAGCCCAAGCGUCGAGACGCAGCAUCAGCGCCGAGCCAUGGAGUACAUUGUCCAGUAUGCCCUGAAGCGGCCCAACGCCAACAACACCAAGAGCAGCGAGCGCCUUCGAAUGCUCCUGCACGGGCCGGGCGGCUGCGGCAAGUCCGUGGUGGUGCGGGCCGCGGCCCACAUGCUCAGACAGGGCGGCGUAGGGACCAUCAUCGCAGCGCCGACAGGGGCCUGCGACUUGCCGCUUCCAAGCGGCCCACAGCUGGCGAGCCUGCAGAGCAUCUGGAAGCUGGUGUCGGUCCUCUUCAUCGACGAAAUGAGCUUCAUCUCCUCCUGGUUGCUGGAGCGCCUCGAUCAGCAUCUCCGCCUGGCCAAGGACAUGCCGCGGGUUCCCUUUGGAGGCGUGCACGUGGUCUUGUCGGGCGACCUCUAUCAGCUGCCGCCGCCCGGGGCGCUCCUGGCCCGCGUCCGAGUUGGAACGUACACGGAGGAGGACAUCCAGGAGCUGUACGGCAUGGUGGUGAAGAAGAAGAAGGGCUGCAAGCAGCCUGCGCCCAAGGCAGUACACUUGUACCCCACACGCCAGGCGGUCAGGCAGAGCAACCGCGAAUACAUGGAAGAGCACAUCAACAGAACCAAUGCUCACCUGUACGAGUGCCCUGCCAUGGACACCAGCCUUAGCAGCGGGGCGCCGCUAUCCGCAGAGGCAGCAUGGGCCGAAGAGGAGAACACCGGAGGAUUGGCAGCGCUGCUUCAGCUCGCGGUCGGCGUCCGCGUCAUGCUCAAACGCAACCUGGACGUCCAGGACGGCUUGGUCAACGGGGCCUGCGGCUUUGUGGAGGCGAUCGACGCGGACGAGGAGACGGGCGAGGUCGAGAACGUUUGGAUUGCGUUCGAAAAGAAUGCGGGGGCCAAGUGGCGGGCAGAGCAUCAGAGCGACCACGUCGCAAUCUCCCGCAUGUCGGUCACGUUCUUCGACAAGGAUGGCAAGAAGGCAUCCAGGAUGCAGUUCCCGGUCGUGCUCGCCAAGGCCACCACCAUCCACAAAAGCCAAGCGGCCACCUUGCACGACGGUGCCCACUCCCGCCUGGAUGCAACAUGCAGACAGCCAGGCCAAGCUUACGUGGCUCUGAGCCGCUGCCCACGGCAAGCCCUCUGCACCCUAGAGUUCUUCAACCGCAAGGCGCUCUGCUUCAACGAGAACGCAGACUGGGCUUUGACCAAGCUGAAGCUCCAACAGGCCGAGCGAGACGGACCCGCAUUGUGGAAGCAACUAUUCCAGCCCCCUGAAAACAAGGACUUCUACAAGACCCGACUGGCCGAGAUGGGCACGCCAGAUUGGGCGGCGAUGGAGAAGGGCUUGGAAGAGUCGGGACUGCCCUGGCGCUGUCCGCAAUGCGGCAAGGAAGUCCCGGACAACAAGGCGGACAUCAAGCAGCACCAGAAGCACUGCCCAGCCAAACCCCAGCGCAGAACCAGGGGCAAGGCUCAGAGCAAAGCCAAAACAUGGGCAGGUGGCAGCAGCAGCCUCAGCAGCAAGCGCGGGGCAGUCGAGUUGCCGCAGGGCACUCCGCCCGCAAAAGCUGCAAAACAUGGACGCGGCCCAGAACAACAAGGCGAGCAGCAGCCAGACGCAGCGCAGCAGCUCGAGGGAGCCGCCUGCUACUUCGAGAAACAAGCGGAGCUCAGGUGCGGCAUCCAUGCGCUCAAUAACGCCUUGGGCGCGCGUCACUUCGACGUCUCCGACCUCGAGCAGGCAGUGGCAGCAUUCCUCGAGGAGAACUGGGAACUCGGGGAUGAUGCAAACCUGCACGUGGGUCCUGGAGGCGACUAUUCCAUCGAAGUGCUCCUGAUGGCCGUGCGGACCAAGGCCAUGCAAGCCUUCGACCGUCUCUGCUGGGAGAUGUCAGACAGGCGAGCCCUGCGCGUUGAGGAUCUGCACGAGUGCCUGGGCGCCAUCCAAAACCGAAACGGUCGGCACUGGGUUGCUCUGAAGCGCCGGGGAGACAACCAGUUCCUCUACCUGGACUCUCUCAAGGAUGGGCCGACCCUGCUCUCCCACACUGAGCUGGAACAAUCGCUCCAGCAGCACCCGACCUAUCCAAUUCGGGCCAUCUGA